AUGAAGCCUGCUACCCUCAAGAGGAAUUUCGAGGAAAGCAACGAGCUAGUGACUGCUUCCACAAUCAUUUUGGAUGCCGUGGAGCCCGCAGCCAACACAACCACAUUGUACCAAAAAACGAUGCGAAUCAAAGCUUACAAAUGCUACUGCUGGCUUCAAGAUGCGAACACGGUGUAUGACUUGCUGAUUACUUGCGCGUGCAUUGGGCCCAUGGAACACAUCAUGCAUGUGUUCAUGCUGUGGCAGCAGCGCGGCAUGCACUUAUCUCCAACGGAGUCGCCGCUAGUCCAGAUGACAUCUUCGGAGAAGUCACCCGCUCAAAGAGCCGUACGUCAGCUGCUCGACAUACUUGAGACCGGCCGCAUCGAUCAUGAGUCUCCAUCGCUGCAGCAAAUCGCUGAAGGACCCUGGCAGCACUUGGAUGUUGAGUCAUGGGCCAUGGGUCAUCAGGCAUCAGUCAUCAGUCUCCCUGACCGAGCACCGCCGUGGUUCCUGGAGAAGACUUUCUGGUGCUUGGUGACAGGCGUGGGCCAGCUGACAGAACGGCUCAUACGACCAUAUCAAACGUUACCACUUUUGCUGGGGCGUUUGACCGAUGAGGACCGAUGCCUGAACGAGCGACGUGUCAUCGCAAACUGGUUUUGCAGGCGUCCUGCCUGCUGCUUGGACGCCGGCUUCAGCAAGGAAUUACAGGCCAGGGCAACUCAGGCGGAAGAUCUUGUUCCGGGAGGACGCCUAUACGGCGUUCUACAGAUGGCCUUCGCUGGGAAAAACGUGAACAUAGAAGCGGAGACGAACUUCGCUCGUGCUCAGAAAGCACAGCAGUCUACACAAGGGCGGAGUGCAUUGAGCACGAGUAUGGCUGCCAAGCACGUUCUUGCAGAGGCGAAGCGCUACCACUUGCAGGACGUAGACGCGAACCUGUUACUUCUGAGAGAGCAAGCAGCACAAUGUGAUGCGCUGGCCGGUACGCCGUCAGGCGCAAGAUCUGCCACCAAGAGCCUCAACGGGUACACUCUUCUCCUGCAGCAGACUAUGGCUGCUCGUGUGCGGCUACCAGGCGAGUCUGCUGAGGGCUGUCGCAAACGCGUGUUCAGCGCGGUGCGACAGAAGUGGCAGUCGUUGUCUGUUGCUGAUCGUGCAGUCCUCACAGAGCAAGCGAAAGCCAGCAACCAGAAUGAGAUAGCAAGGCGGCGUCUCGAACAAGGGCAGCAAAUUGCGCCUGCAAGCGUCGCGAACCAGAGGCCGACUGCGGAGCAGCAAGUUGCAAAUGCUGAACAUCAACAAGAUGCACUGGUGAUGGCACGCCCAAUGACAGCCGGGCCAGCGAGGGUUAAUGCAGUGGCACCUUUUCAAGGGUUGGGUGCAAUGGGUGUCGGUGACAAGUCGCAUGCUGUCAGCGCAAGCUUGGUCAAGCGAUUGCAAGACGAGAACAAACAAAACAAUGGGCAGCAACAGUUCGUAGUUAACCUGGACAGAUCAUGGCGCGAGCGCACCCGUGGGCGCGUUGGCGAAGUGAAUGAGUUCAAGCAGACCACUCGCAUGUCGUGCCACGACGAGUUCAAGUGCGCUAUGUGUUGCAAGGAAAUCAAAGAUGGCCUAACGCAAGAGCAGGUGUCGGAGCAACUGCUCACGUUUGUGAGCAAUUAUCGGCACAAGUUUGUGGUGAACAAGAAGAACACAGGUCCGAACAGUUUGGUGCAAUAUCCGUUGUUGGCGGUCGUGCAGUUCUUUGGCUUUCUUUCUGUGAUCCGACUGAAUCGACUUUUGGUUGAAAUCAACGUCAGCGACACAGCAGCUUGGAACGUUGUGGGCGAUGAGAGCUCCAAGCUGGACUGCAGCUCUGACGAAGAAGAUGAUUCGAUUCAGUCUGCUUCAGCCUUUCUCUGCGCUGUCGGUGCCGCAAAGACGAAAGCCGCUCCGCGAAAACAAACUGGUGUCAGGCGUGCCAAAGCACCCAAGACACGGCCAGCGCCAACAUCAGGCACGGUGUGA